UCGAUCAUAGCCACUGUUAUGGCAGAGAUAACAAAUGAUGAAGGAAAGAGCAAAGAAGAACAAAAGAUGCAAAUGAUUAUAACCGCCCAGAUUGCAUUCGAUGCUGAUAGAUGUGAUGAUAUGGCAGAUUGCAUGCAUAAAGCUACUGUUAUUGCUGGUGGGCAUCUAAGCAGGGAAGAAAGAGAUUUGCUCUCUGUUGCUUUCAAGAACGCUACUGCAGUAAGGAGGCUUUCAUGGCGUGUCAUUGCGGCCUCAGAACAAGGAGAGAAAGACGCCAGGAUGAAGGAUGCAAGCAAGAUGUAUAGACACCAGAUAGAGGGCGAGUUGCUGGCCAUUUGCCAACUAGUAGUAGGCCUAUUGGAUGAUUACUUGAUACCAGCAUCAAAUGACAGCAAUUCUGAAGUAUUUUAUUACAAGAUGAAAGGUGACUAUUGUCGGUAUAGAGCUGAGCUUUUGCUAGGAAAAGAAAGAGAAGAUGCGGCUGCAGAAAGUGAGGCAGCUUACAGGAAAGCUGAAGACAUUUCAUCUGCAAAUCUUUCUCCUCUUCAUCCUCUGCGUCUUGGCCUCUCAUUGAAUCACUCUGUCCUUUAUUACGAAAUAUUCCGUGACAGUGUAACUGCUUGCAGCAUUGCCAGUAAAGCUAUAACUGAAGCAGAGCAACUUGAAUAUGAUAGUACUGCUGAUGAUACAGAUGAUGAAGCUCUUUCAAUUUUGAAAUUGCUCAAGGACAAUUUUACUAUCUGGAAUCAUGAUUAUAAUUGAUUUUGUUCAGUAAUUUAUUUUUUGCAAUAGCCCGGGAAAAAGGGCGCCUUUAGCA